AAGGCUCAUAUAUCCAAUUGUAGUAGUAGACGAAAGUUUCGCCAAAAUUUAUUUUUUGCGGCUCUCAUAACUCAAGUGCCUGAGAGAUUAUGAUAGAAUUUGUUUGGGUCAAGUUUUCGAGUGAAAUGACACGAAAAGAUUGUUUCCAUAUUGUCUCGUCCAGUUCUUGCUUUAUUUCCUUUUGUAGUACUAGUCAUAUACGGCUUUCACUAGGUCGCAAUGAUAGUGGGUCAACUGAUUUUCCAAAAAAGCGGUACAGCUGUCCAAGAAGACGAGUUGAAUAUAGUAUUCGGUUCCUUGAGAUGAAAAAAGCGCCUUCUUCGAAGCCACCCUUAAAUGUGCCAAGUGGAAUCUUACUUGGUGUGUCUUGUGUGUUAGCGAUUGCUUUUGUUGGUUCUAUUUUUGAACUCAGUUCCGGACAUCCUCAAUAUGGGAGAGAAUUGACAAGCGUUAUUUUAGUGAGUUCUUUACCUUCGUUUCUGUUUCUUUUCUAUGCAGCCAUUCAGAAAGUAUCUUUUCUUGGUGGAUUCUAUGGGUUUAUCUGAAACUUCUUAGGGAAAAGACGAGUCAAAUACUUCUAAUAGUAUGUAACAACCGAAAACUAUAUAGAGAGGGACUUGGGGUUAUUAUAAAAUGGGAACGAUUCCACGCUUCGAAUUUUUAUCGGUCCACACAAAACAGCCAAAAA